AUGUCCCCUAAACCUCAGAGUGUUGCAAUCGUCGGAGGUGGCCUUGCUGGCAUGGCAAUGGCUCUCGCGCUCCAUCAGCUCUACAUACCAUGCACUGUAUACGAGGCGCGCAAUACACAUUCAGCCUCCAAGACAUCCAGCGGUGCGGUGAUGCUGUCACCGAACGCAUUGAGAAUCCUGGACGGAUUUGGAGUUUACUCUGAGCUUCAGAAGAAGAGCUUCCCCUUCGAAUACGUCUACUACAAAAACGCGGACGAGCAGACAAUCGAUCGCUAUCCCUUUGGCGGCGAAGCUCUCUUCGGAUACAAGGCUCUCCGGAUCUAUCGCCAAGAACUUCUGGAUACUCUCUACAACGCCUGCUUCGAACGGAAGAUUCGCGUCUGCUUCAACAAGAAGUUCACCAACGUCACCGAGGAGACAGACACAACCGUUGCCUUUGAGUUCGCCGAUGGCACUACCACGACAGCCUCUCUGCUCAUCGGGGCAGAUGGAAUCCACAGCAAGAUACGGGACUACGUCGCGCCAGGAACCCAGAAGAAGUUCAUGGGCAUGGCGGCCCUAACCUGGGAAACGCCAACGAAGCAGCUCCGGAUCCCCGAAGGGAAAGACUACAAAUUCCCGGUCAGCGUUCUGACAUCCAACGACGUCUUUGUCCUGGCACCCCAGAAGCCCGACGGCUCGGCCAUGCUGUCCGGGAUGCAGUUCCCCAUUGAAGACCACACGAGAGAGGGCUGGGAGCAGCUCAUGGCCGACAAGCAAGGGCUUAUUGACCGGGUCAGGAACAGCGGGGACCCGGAAGCCUGGCCCGACAUCGUCAAGUCCGCCAUGGAAGACAUUAACCCCGAGUCCCUGAACAUGUGGGUGUUCUACUCGAUUUCGCGCCUGCAGAACUGGGCCUCCGCGAAGCGCAGCGUGGUCAUACUUGGUGACGCUGCGCACGCGAUCCCGCCGACGACUGGCAACGGAGCUUCGCAGGCUUUUGAAGACGUCAUGACUCUGGCCCUGCUGCUUUCCGCUCUGAGAGAGCAUAAGGGGCUGAAGUGGAGAGACGCGUUGGGCUUCUGGCAGAGGACACGCCAGGACCGCAUUGACCGGCUUCUGGUCUUGACCAGGCAGCUCAACAACAAGCGCUUGCCUCUGGAGAAGCAGAAGCUACUCAGCAGGGAAGAUGUUUGGUUUGAUGAGUCGGCCGAGAAUCCUCGCCAGAUGGCCUGGCUGUAUGAGCCGAAGAUCGAGGAGGAGGUGAAGGCUUGGACCGGUGAAGCACUAAAGAAGGGGACGGAGACAUGCCCGGUCUGA